GGAGGAGGGACCACUGAGUCCAACACGGUCUUGUGCCUGAGAUGGCGGAGACGCCGGGCAGACGGAAGAAGCGGCGUGUCGGUGAUGCUGCCGAUGAAGAUCUGCCCGACAACGAUGAAGAUCUGCAGGUCACCACCGCCCUCCCUGCCCUCCCGCUGCACAUCAGCGGCCAGGCCUACCUCAAGCGACAAGACGACUGUGCGCCGCUCUUUCGGUCGAGUAGGAAAGCCCUCACGCCGCCCGUCGUCCAGGGCAGUGACUGUGUGCUGGUGGACGGCCUGUUUGAGGCCGUGUGGGCCUUCCCGCAUGUCGAUGUCACCGAGGAGGUGGUGAGAGAGCCGGGGAAUCUGUUCAUCGGCGACAGAAGGCUCCACUUCGACGACAUCAGGUGGGCGGCCGAAUGUGUCACUGAAGGCAAGUCAAUCUGCGUAUCUGUGUGUGUGUGUGUGUGUUUGCAGUGGCGAGAGGCACACGCUGUGUCGUGUGUGCGGCACACACGGGAGGGCGGCUGACGACUUCAUUACACAACACUACACCAAAUCGACAAGUAAGUGACGCGGCAGCACUCUCUGUGCCAUGAUGUGUCUGUCUUCACUGUGUGUGUGUGUGUGUCACUUAUUAAGGUUGCUGGCAGUGUGUAAUGGAGAAGCUGAUCACGCCAUUCUGCAUGGCACAACAUAACACACCGUAAGCCGACCACAUGACGAUGUGUACAUGGCUGUCCAUUCUUGCUUUGCUGUGUGGCAAAUCGUCAAUCAAGUGGCCCCACUGGCCCACAGCCACAGCCAUUCACAGCACCAGUGCUGUCACAUCCACCUGUCGCCGACAGCCAUUCGCCAGGUGGCUGCAUGCAGCCAACAUCGGCUCUUCCCGCACAGCUGCUACCCCAGCUGCAGCCACCGGUGAGAAUAUUGCCAGCGCACAAACACACAUCGUCCUAUACAAUCGAUGCUGUCUGUCUGUCUGGCUGUUGGUUCAGUUUGCGAAGCAGCUGCGAGGGCUUGAUGACCUCAGCAGGGUGCUCAGGAGUCAGCUGCAGCUGGUGGACGACCAGAGGCGCCAGGCACUCAAUCUCUUCGCCACGCCAAACAAAUCACAGGCAUGUUAUGGGACCCUAGCUCUCAUACACACACAUUCGUCUCUCUCUCUCUCCCUCUGUCUGUCCGUUUGUCUGUCUGUCUGUCUCUCUGUCUGUCUGUCAGGCUGUUGAGCAGAAUCUGCGUGUGUGGCAGAGCAUCGUCGACAAACACCCCCAGGCCACCAGCCAGACAUUUUCCGCACUCGCCGCCCCUGCAGCAAAGAAACUCCGCAUGAUACAGGCCCUGCUGGAGACGGCAACAGUGAGAACACGGGACGGCACAGUAAUCCCUUUACUGAGGAGGCUGUCCGGUGUGUGUGCAGGAUGGUCUUUGCCUCGAGGGCAUUCCCGAGGUGCUGUGGCUGAGCGACAGCGAUCGCACCGGCAUCGGUAAGAACGCAAAAAGAAGAAGCCAUCUCAGUCGCCUCACCUGUCUGUCUGUCUGUCUGGUUUGGUCUGCAGGUGGUUAUCUGGGCUUCGUCGAGUGCGUCCGGUGUCUCUCGGGUGUCAGCACGGCGAUCGCGUCGAUCGCCGAUAACCCCAAGAUGCAUCCCAUCCUGCUGCUAGAGAGUCCCAAACGUCACACGCGCGCCCCCCAAGGGGUCCAUAAGAAGUGGAAAGGUGAGGAGAGCGCAACACAGCACGGCAGUCGACUCAUUGUCGGUCCUUUUUCUGUGUGUCAUGGUGGAUCCUCCAGAGGUGCUUUUCAGCACGAACAGCAUUCGGGUGUUGAUCAAGAGCGGUACGUAUCAUAUGGGCAGACAACUGCUCGAGGCUGCCGCUGCAAGCGUCACUGAGGUCAUUGUCGACAAAACGGCCGAACGCAGAAGCUCUGGUGAUAUCGUGUCGCGGGUCGUCACCGUCGCCCUGCUCGAGGCUGCCGCUCCAAACGUCACCGGGAUCACUGUCGACACGACCGCCGACCGCACGACACAGUGCAUUUCGAUCGCAGAGCGCAGUACUUUGAGUUUCCCGCGGCUCGUCAAGGCCGUCGUGAGGCGUGAGUGGGGGGAGGUGAUGCAGCGGCAGAUCGAUGGGAAGCAGGUCUACAAGAUGCCCGCCCUGGCCCACUUGAGCGUCGAGUGGCCUGCACACGGGGGGCUGACGAUGCUCAUAGGGGUGACUGGCGGCCUGCGGUCACUCCAUCUCCUCAACCAGGUCGGUGGGAUGGGAGGAAAUGCGGCCAUGGUCUGAUGCAUGGAUCGUCCGUGUCGUUUUCCUACCAGAUGUCAGCUGAUGGUCGUCCCAGUUUCACUCUCUUCGGGGCAGUCGCCGAAUCGCUGCGAGGGACGCCCUCUCAGGCCACCAUCAGGUCACUCACGGGGGCCAUCCAUCUCACCACAUACCCAAAGGCUCCCUCAUUUAGCGGCCUCGAGUGCUUGGAGGUUGCGAUACCGGGGAUACUCAGCCAAGCCAACAGCGUGCAGGUGCGAAACUUCCAUAUGGCUACGUACACGGGUGUGUAUCUUGAUGUGGAUAUGUAUUAUUGUCUUAGAAGUUGCACAAGCUCCGAAGCUCGUGGCUGGCCAAGGGCGCGAAGGAGCUGUACCACAUUGGAGAGAUGGACAACCGACGCCUUCGCCUCGUCCAGGAGGCAACGCGCGAGUGCCCCGCCCCCGUUCACAUCCACUUGCCGCUGAUCGGCAGGUCAGAGGAGCUGGCAGGCACUCGAUCGACCCUGCACUUCCUGGCGGCGAGCGCCACACGAGUCAGCCUCUUCCCCUACCUCCUCGACACUCACGCGACCGGCGCGAACGAGCUCUAUGGCCUCUCCUUCAAGCAAGCGGCUGAUCUCUUCGUCGCAUUUCCGCCGGGCAUGACGGACCGUGACGCCCGCCAUCCCCUGCCGGAGUGGGUCGUCGACAACGCGUCAUCGAUGUUCACUGAGGCCAAGACACUUCACGUGGCGCACGGCAGUGGGCCAGCGGGAGUGUCGCUGUAUGAUGGAGGGGCAGACAAGGUCAUUAGGCAGCUGCCCCGCCUUUCGCAUGUCAUUCACACAGUGCGGGUCACGUUCCCUUCGCAAAACGUACUUGUGCCGCUGGUGUGGGCGGGGCUGAAGCACUGCGCUCUAGAGAGCGGGCCUCUCCGCGUGGUCGUGGAAGUGCUUGCGAGCGCUCGGCCGUCGCGGGUCGGUUUUUUCUUGCCUGUCUUUCACUGGCAGACUGUAGAAGAGGAGUCACAUGAGCUUGAGGCGGUGCUGAAAGCCAGGGUGAGGAAAGUGACGGUGGUUCUCAAUGUGCGUCAUGAGAGAGGGGCGGGCAACCAGCAGCAGCCGCCCGCAUUCCCGUCGCAUUUUUCGUGUGUGUCCUCUUUUUCGCCCACUGCAUGGUCACUCUUGACGCGAUUUCACAGAGUUAAAAAGGUGUGUCUAAGGGUGGGCGAAGGGGUGUCAUGUGACAGGGACAUGCUUCUGGCGUGUCUGCGGGGGCUGGGGUUCGCGGGCUACUCGAUAGUCAGGGAUGUCAGUGACGACAACACAAUGGUCUUCCAGAGAGGCCGGUGACGUGUUUGUGUGUGUGUGAGGGCAGUGAGUUGAUGGACAGCCUGUAGCUUAGCUGCUCGUGGCGCUGGGAGGUGAAUGCGGGGCGGUGGGGCUUCGUGUGUGGCUUUGUUGACUGCUGUACGAUCUGCUGCACUGAGCAGUGGAUAUGUCGAGGGAGAUGAUCGGUGAUUUUUCCGCCUCAAGAGGCGCGUGUGUGUGUGCUCUCUCUGCUGUCCUUCGACCACUUCUCGUGCUGCGUGAGUGCUGUGUGAGCCGUACAAGCCACAUAGAGCUGUCGUGGCUCGACGUGUGCCUGCCUGCCGUGGUGCUGUCUUUCUGCAUGUGGGGUCUAUCUGAUACUUGCUGUCUAUUUGUCGCUUCCAGCUUUGUGUCCGAGAGAGGGGUGGGGGUGGGGGGGUGUGAGGAGAGCAUGGUGGCCGAUGGUGUGGUGUGUGCCCAUGUGUGAGGCCAGCGAUGGUAUGGUUGUGCUUCUGGUGCUGAUGGCUUUAUUGCCAUGAGUGUAUUCUACUGCUGAUGAGCUUUCCUGUGGUGAUUUUACAUUGAUCGGUGUGUGUCUGUCUGUCGUCCUGCGUCCCGUCUGUCCGCGGUUUGAUGGCUGCACUGUGUGAGCAAUGACACACCUGCUGCCAUUACGCCGUAGAGUGAUAGGACGAAGGCCAACAGACAAAACACGCCCUGCAGUCUACAAACUGACAGCAAAGACAGCUCUUGCGUCUCUGUCGUUGUGUCUUGCUGUCGUGAUUCUGGAUGAAUGGAUGAAUGGAUGGAUGGAUAAGUGCGGUGCGUGCCAAUUCACCUGCUUGUUGCCAUCUGGGUGUUCGUACAAACACAGAUCGAGUCGUACAAAUGCAAACAAACAACACAAAGCUGUUGUGCCCUUUUCGUUUUCUUUUUCGUUUUUCCUCGUAGCUUAGUUACCGACUC